AUGGCUUACCACCACCACCACCACCACCACCACCACCACCAUCUAAGUUACUUGAACUCUCCUUCUCAAUUCACAAACUCAACCUCCCUCAAGAUCAAAAUCUUCAUCAAAUCCUACGUGAUUCAACACGUCCGCCAUGCCGUCCGGGCCACCAAGUCCAUGUUCAUGGAGCUCUUCCACCAGAAGAGCACAUACAUCAUCAAAAUCCACAAGUUCUGCAAGCACAGGAGAAGGAGCAAGUCCCACGUCCACCACUCUUCUUCCCACAUCAUCCCAAUUCCGGAGCCGCCGUGCCAUUCGGAGGAGUUCUUCGACGUCAGCCAGUGCUUGUACUACGACGCCACAUGGAACUCAAUGAUCUCCGCGGAGGACAUGGAUGGUGACCCCAUGGAGCCACCGCCGGUCGAGGAGAAGAACAGAGGCCGUAACGAUAAAGACAACGACAAUGAGGGCGGAAAUGAGAUUGAUCGGCUUGCGGAGAAGUUCAUCGCGAGCUGCCACGAGAAGUUUAGACUGGAGAAGCAGGAGUCUUACAGAAGGUACUUGGAAAUGCUUGCGAGAAGCGUGUGAUUGAAGGGGGAAAGAGCAAAUGGAAUUGUUUUGUUGUUGUUGUUUUGAAUUGGAAUCUAUUUUUAGUUGAUGAUCCUUGCAGAGGACUUAAUCAUGCAUUCCACAAUCAUAUUUACCUCAACUGUUUGGGUUUAGAUCU